AUGGCUUCCUCGCUGCAGACGGAACAGAAGAAUGCGAAUUUCAGAGGAGAGAAGGACUGCAGUGUUUCGCUCCCCUGUCGCAACCAGCAGCCGUCCGCCACGCCCCGUCGCCCACGCCCUUCCCGGCCUUCGCCGCCGCCGCACGCCGCUCGCCCAUGCCCUUUCUCCGCCGCCGCCCCACGCCGCCCGCCGCUCGCCCACGCCCUUCACGCCCCGCCGCCCAGGCCCUUCUCGGCCUCGCUCCUCCUCUAUCGCCGCUGCUCUUCAUCGGUCGGCCAACUUCCUCGAUUCCCACCCCUCCCCACACGAGCGCCUUCCGGUCCUCCUCUCUGUCUGUCUACGUGCUCGAUCUGGAUCCACUCCUUUCUUGGGCCCAGCACAGAGGAGAGCUUGCUGCUGUGGUGGGCGUUGACGGUGGUGAGCCGGGAGCUGGCUAGGAAACAGGGGAACCCUCUGUUCUCUAUUCUUGGUAGAUCAUGUGAAUCCAUCAGGACCUCCGUUUGCAUUCAGGAGCAGGUGAGGAGCGGCACCUUCGUCGGACGGCUACAACCGCGACGGAAGAGAAGGCGGACGCCGUGGGCGCGUGCUUGGAUGAGUGAUGAACAUCUCUCGAGCCGUCCAAUGUUGCAUACGGCAGCUACACCAGAGCCGUUGUCUCGUUUGACCUCACCGCCAUCGUCUCCGCCGACUUCGCCGCAAGACAAUCUCCCAUCGCCUCCGCCGACUUUGCCGGAAGACCAUCAGCCGUCGCCUAGACCUACUUUGGUUCAGUACUAAGUGGCUUCGCACUGAUGCAAGACGAACAGCAGCCGGCUUAGAUGAGUCACUUGAGUGGUGUCUUGAAAACAACAUGAGCAAGACUGGGGUUGAUGGGCAUUUGCGACUGUCCCUUUUUGAUGGAAAUGUUUUUCAGCUGAAUGAAUCCCACCUUGUCAAGCAAAAGAUCAGUGAUCUCGUGCAAGGUCCAAAUGUUACCGUGAUCAUGGCUCUAUAGAAAUGAACAACUGCGACCAGUCAGAUUACGAAAUGUUCAGCCAAUUUGACCAUGUCAGAUGCAGUUUUGCUUGGAGGAGACAUAAUUUGUGCAUUCAACUACAGUUGUUGUUGCGCUCACAGGAGAAAGGACUUAGUUUUGUAUUUCAGGCAUUGAGACAGUCCACUUUCUAAAAGAGGUGGUAUAUUUGUAACCUAACUAUGCCUACGAUCAGCAAGAAAAUCAGUGACUAAACUAUUUCCCUCAAUUAUUACUAUUUUCUUGGUUAA